AUGGCGUUCACGGACUUCCUGGCGCCUAGCGCCGGCGUCAUGCACAACAUGACCGACGAGGAGCUGCUCUGGAGGGCGUCCAUGGCGCCGAGGAUGAAAAGCCAGCCGAAGCACGUCAUCGCGCCCAAGAUCGCAUUCCUGUUCCUGGUGAGGGGUGACCUGCCGCUGCGCCCUCUGUGGGACAAGUUCUUUGAGGGGCACGAGGAGCUCUACUCCAUCUACGUGCACGCGAGCCCUGACUAUGCUGGCUCGCCGCCGCCGGAGUCUCCGUUCUACGGCCGCAUGAUUCCAAGCCAGAGAACAAUGUGGGGAAACAUCAACCUCCUCGACGCGGAGCGGCGCCUCCUGGGAAACGCGCUGCUGGACCUCUCGAACGCACACUUCGCGCUCUUCUCGGAGUCGUGCAUCCCCCUCAUCGACCUCCCCACCGCGCACGCCUACAUCACCGGCGCCGGCACCAACUUCGUCGACAGCGUCGACCGCCGGGACAGCCGCGUGCGCCACAGGCCCUACUUCGCCGAGCACAACAUCAGCCUCGCGCAGUGGCGCAAGGGCGACCAGUGGUUCGUGAUGGACCGCGAGUUUGCCCUCGAGGUCAUCUCCGACGAGACCUACUACGGCCCCGUGUUCCGGGACGGCAAGCACGGGGUCGGCCACAUGGAGGAGCACUACAUCCCGACGCUGCUGAAUGUGCUGGGCCUGGGCGACCGCAACUCGAACCGGCCGCUCAUGUACUCGGACUGGCGGCACGCGCAAGGGCCGCACCCGAAGAGCCACAACGGCACCGAUGUGACGGAGGAUUACAUCAGGGAGAUGAGGCGAGGAUUGUCCAGCUGGAACUGCAGCUACAACGGCGGGGUGCCGGAGCUCUGCGCCUUGUUCGCCCGCAAGUUCAAGCCGGACACGCUCGAGCCCUUGCUAGAAUUGGCUCCCAAGGUUAUGGGCUUUGGCUAA